AUGCAUCAGUGGGACCCGCUGUGCGAACGUGACGUCGCUCCGAGUCCCAUCGUCCCGACUUAUCGGCGCGGUCCCUCUCCGUCCAAACGCAAGCAAUCCAGCAUGACCUCGCCUGCCGAGUCGAUUCCAGCAGAAUCCAUCAGGCCUCGUGACGAUAACGCCUCGAGGCCCCAAGCCCGCUCAGCGGGAAUGGCAGAAAGGCCCACCAGAAACGAAAGUCUCGUCGAUCUCGUGCGCUUCUUUCAGACGCAGGGUAUGCCCACAACCCUGAACAUGCCCCCAGACACAACCACCGCCACCUCCACUACUACUACGGCUCUCCCGCCUGCCGAAUUAAAAGAACCAAAAGACAUCAAGCCUCUCCACCGACGUCUGCUCCAAUUCACCCAGCGUCAAAAGAAAGAUGCGCCACCCAAACCCAAGGUGAGCGACCAACAGCGCCAGAUUGAGGCAUUGCAACGGGAAGGAUAUCUCCUGGGAACUCCACCCCCGAAGUCAAAGGGCAACCCUGGCGGAUCUCUUUCGAAAUCUAAGAAACAGGAUGUAGAAAACAUUGGACAACCUUGGCUGGAAAGCAAAGGCGAGGACUUCCAAAGGCCAGGAGAUACCUCCAGACGCCGUCUGGCUUCCUUGGAUCUCGGGGACUUUGGUUCGAUGGUGGACGUCGCUGUCUCGCUCUCUUCCGACUACGAUGACCCGGCACCACCGCCGUAUCGGCCUGCUACACAAGCAACUGCAUCUCAGGCCGACCAGGAUGUCUCCUCUCGGUCCUCGAUAGUCUCGAGCAAAGCUCAAGCCACGGCACCGCAAGCUGAACAGAGUCAACGGCCUACUAGCUCUGCCGACUCAAGCAUCCGUAUUGUUUCAGAUUCAGGCACUGCACCACAAGCUACGGCUGAUCCACCCGCAGUGGCAAGUGCUAUCCAAACACCAAAGAAAUCCGCCAAUAGCGACCAGCAGAAAGACAAGGACAGCAAUGGGCGGAGCGAGACCCCAAACCAUUCUCCAAGCCAGAGCACCCCAAGCCCAGCACAGCCCGUUCUCAAGCUCUUCCCCGAUGUGGCGCCGCCCCGUGUUUCCAGCAGAAAUGCGUGGAGGCUCUCGUCAGUGCCUCGUUAUCAGAUUGCCCCGAGUAUCGCAUCGUCAAAUGGGUCGGAUGCUCGAGGCGAAACUUCUGAAACCCCUACCGAGUCUGCAGAUGGGACACGCGAUCCUUCUGGUGCCUCAUCAUCGGAUUCUCAAAGCCACAGGAAAGAGCCACAAUGCUCUGGCGCUCUUCUACCAACCGCGCCCUCCGUUGAGUCCAAGUCACCUGGGAAAGCACCACAAGAGGUCUCUGUGCGAGGCGAUAGCAAACCCCGUCCACCGUCCCUGUCGCCGAGUACACUCAAAGCAUUCCCCCUGCCCGCUCCCACAAAGCCUUUGCCUUGUCUGCCUGAGUCGGGGCGUGCUCCCAGUGCUCCUCCCGAUGCCAACCCGCAUGCUACCAUUCGGAAGGUUCGCUCGGGACUUAGAGCAUCGGUUCUUCCGUCUUCAGUUGUUUUCCCCGAGGAGCACAGUCACAAAGCCACUGUCAAGCAUCCUCAUGGGCUUGCGGUUCGUCCUGCAACCGCCUUGGGAAAUGUGGAAUCCGAGGAGCCGGUUGAUGAAGACAGUAAAAAAUCACCCACCAAAUCAUCAAACAACUCCAAGUUGGUUUCUCCGGGGCAGCACACUCCGACAAGGCGUGCUGCCAGCGUACGUGUGUCUCGCAUGCAAGAAUUGCCUGGAAGUCCCUCCGACAAAUACAGAAAACCUUCUGACCAGGCUCCCUUGGUUGAAUCUCCCGUCUUAGGACAUGCGAGCCCCGUCAAGCCUUCUGGAAAGCGUGCUGUCCGUCAGGACCUCCAUAUCAACUCCCAAAGAUCUACCUUUUGGUCUCCCAUCGCCGCCUCCAACGGCGACUCUCCCGGACCCCCUCUUCAGGCACCCUCUGGACGCCUAGGUGGCCAGCGCGACUGCACCGCCCCCACGGGUUCAAUGGUGCCAUCUAUCAGAAACAUAGACUCAUCCUUUGGCUCGGGGUCUUACCGGAGCUCGAUUAUCUCCCGCAGCAACAGCUCCCGCAGCAGCCUCCGCCAUGAGAACAUUCCCGAAUCCUACCAACCCAGCCGCUCUGAGUCCCCACUUCCGUCCUCGGACGACGAAGGUUUCGGUCCUGGGAUGGAUUCGACCCGCCCUGGUCGCACCGUUGACACUCACCACCGUACUCGUAUAGCCCGUCGAGCUCACGAGGCAGUCGAGGCACGCAAAAAACCUGGCCCGGAUCGACUCCGCUUACCCCACCCUCCACGGCCUCUGACGCCUCAGAAUCGCAGCAGCCAAAAUCUCGAGAAGCCUUCGUCGCCUCAGUCGCUGUACUCCCAGUUUACAUAUCGCUCGCGGGACUCGCAGAGCAGCUACCGUCCGCACCUUAGCCAGAGCCAAGCUCCAAACUACCUGGAAGACCGGGUUGCGAAUCUCGAGCGCCAAAACCAGAUCCUGCAGGCGGCUCUGCUUGCCGCCCUCAAUGCCGGGGCCAAACCCAACCUCGGUGACCUCCAUCCCGACUCGGCUCUGUCACCGCAAUUUCCAUCGGCCGCCCCGCCAAACCACUACCCCGGUCGCUUUGGCCCACGCCCCGAAAGCUGGGUGAGUUCUUCCCGCAGCAGUGAGCACGGCGGUCUCGAAACCCCAAGCUCCUACCGCGAAGGUCGGGUCAAUGCCCCGCAGCUGGACCACAUGGUUGAGGACACCGAGUCGGGCUGGAUGUCGGAUAAAUCGAGCCUCAGCGGAGCUCGAUGUGUCCGACAUGCUUAG